AUGCAGGGGCCGGCUGUAUUUAUGGAUAUAUCGCUUGAGGAUCAAGCUCAAGAAUUAAGGCGAUAUUUUAAAAGCUUAGGGGCUGAAAUAUCAGAAGAGAAGUCUCCAAAAGGUAUAGAAGAUGAUUUACACAAAAUUGUUGGAGUAUGUGAUGUUUGUUUUAAAGAAAACAAUGAGGCCGACAUAGAAGCGAUUCUUAACAGUAUUGUCUCUAUAAUGGUUUCUAUCCCCCUGGAAAGAGGUGAAAAUUUGAUCCUUGCAUUCAGCCAAAGGUUAACUAAGGCACCUGGACCUAAACUUGGCAUGGUUUCACUUCAAUCACUAUGGAGACUCUACAACAAUUUGGAAGCUAACUCGCCUCUUAGAUAUCAUGUCUACUAUCAUGUAAUUGAGCUUGCAGCUAGAGUGGGAUCAGUUGGUGAAGUGUUUAAGAGUGUCGAUCAAUUACGAAGAGAGUUUGCUAGCUGUCCACCAUCGAAUGAGCAAAUGCAAAAAUUAUACAGAUUGCUCCAUCUUGUAUUGAAAGAUAAUAACAGUGAACUGGCAUCAAAAGUAAUGAUUGAAUUACUUGGUACAUACACAGAUGAAAAUGCUUCAUACGCAAGAGAAGAUGCUAUUAAAUGCAUAGUGACUGCUUUGGCCGAUCCCAAUUCAUUCUUAUUGGAUCCACUGCUUGCCUUGAAACCUGUUCGUUUCUUAGAAGGGGAACUUAUUCACGAUUUAUUAACUAUCUUUGUAUCAGAGAAGUUGUCGAGCUAUCAGGCAUUCUAUAAGAAUCACAAAGAAUUUGUUCAUUCUCAAGGCUUAAAUCAUGAACAAAACAUAAAGAAAAUGAGGAUACUCUCUUUCAUGCAAAUGGCUGAAUCCAAUCCCGAAAUUUCAUUUGAUGACAUUGUUUCUGAGCUUCAGAUUGAGGAAAAGAAUGUUGAAGCAUUCAUCAUUGAAGUGCUGAAGACACGCCUAGUGCGCGCGCGCAUGGACCAAGCGGCGCGCGCAGUGCGCGUGUCGAGCACGAUGCACCGCACGUUCGGGCGCGCGCAGUGGCAGCAGCUGCGCGACGUGCUGCUCGCGUGGCGCGCCAACGUGCACCACGCGCAGGAGUCUAUGAAGUCCGUGGCCGCCGCGCAGAUUGAGUACAACAAGCAACAGAAGCCG